AUGGGUCAAAUGUCCCCAGAGGUUCUCGCGGCCCUGAAGAAAGAGGACAAAGGUCCUACUACCAUUGCCGUUUGCGUCGCUUUCACAAUCUUAUCCUUCAUUUGCGUUAUACUUCGAUUUUUCACACGCAUUAAAUUGGUUCGAAACCUAGGACUGGAGGACUACUUCAUUGCACUGUCAAUGGCAUUCUCUAUUGGCACGUGUGUGUGUCAAGUUCUCCAGACACACGAGGGUAAUGGAAAGCAUAUUAUGUUCCUGUCGCUACCGCAGGGUAUCAACAUCCUAAAAUAUCUGUACUUCAGCAUUUUCACUUACUGCGUGGCUUUGACCCUGACCAAGGUCUCGAUUCUCCUACAGUACCGACGCAUCUUCACGUUAAGGGAAAUGCGAUUACCGAUCUACAUCGUUAUGGGUAUUUGUGUAGCAUAUGGAAUUGAGUCCGUAACGUCCGGAAUAUUUACCUGCAUCCCCGUCGAUGCCUUUUGGGAUCUUACGAAGCAACCGACUGCAAGAUGCAUUAAUGAGCACGCGUACGUUAUCCCCUACCUCAAUGUGGAAAAUAAACUAACUUCCCUCCGGUCUGUGGCUAUCUGGGCUUUACAAAUGCCGCGCCGGCAGAAAGGUGCUUUGCUUCUUAUUCUCACUCUUGGUUGGUUUGUGUGCAUCGUCUCCAUGCUUCGACUAAACUCAUUGGUCAUUCUCGCAAAACACAGCGAAGACAGCACCUGGUAUAGCCCCGAGACUGCCUACUGGUCCAGCAUCGAAGUCAAUCUCGCAAUUGUCUGUGCCUCCACGCCCGCUUUGAAACCGCUCGUUGUUCACCUCGUCCCCGCUUUCUCCUCUCGACUCGGCAGCAACGAAGGGAACUCUAAAGCCAGCAGGGAAUUAUCCAAGGGCAAAUCUUUCAUCGAGCUGAAAGGAAAGAGCAGCCAGAGGACCAUGAGCGAUGAUUUAGAACGAGGCGAGAAACACUCUGCCCUCAGCGCCCUUCCUGCCUACCGUCCAAACGACCCUAUGCCCCGAAACAUCCACAUAUCGAAGGACUUCGAGCAUCAUUUUGAGGACGAAGGGAGGAGGAGCGACAGCGAUAGUCAAAAAGAUCUUGUCGCACAGUUCCCCAAGGCAGCCAGAGGCGGAAGGAGAUGA